UAACAUACUAACGGGUACAUCUUGGGACUCUGGGAGGAAACUGGAGCAUCUGGAGGAAACUACACGCGUACAGGAAGGAACAUACAAACUUGCUUAGCAGAUGCUGGAAUUGAAUUCCAAUGCCCUGAGCUGUUGAAUGUUAUUGUCUCUGCUUCCACUACCAUCCCAGACAGUGCAUUUGAAGCACCACUAUUCUCUGUGUGAAAGAAAGCUUGUCCCACAUAACUCCUUAAACUUGUUGGUUCUCUUAAAGUUAUACCCUCUAGCACAGGGGUUCCCAACCUUUUAUAUGCUAUGGCCCCCACCCUUAAUCGAGGGGUCAGUGGACCCCUACUCUAGCACAAUCGUUUCUAGUGCCACACACAAAUGCUGGACGAACUCAGUGGGCCUGGCAGCAUAUAUGACAUAUAUGAAAGUCGAUGUUAUGGGUGAAGACCCCUCUCCACGACUGAGCUGCUGCUCCAGAUUCCCAAGCGUCUGCAGUUUCACUUGUAUCUCCACCUGAAAUUUCUACUCUGCGGGAAAUUAUUUUUUUCUCCCUACCCAAUACCGUCUAUGCCUCUCUUACACAGAAGAACAGCUAAUUCCCCUUCUCUAUCAAAUUUAUGAACCCAUUCCACGACCUUAUUAAUUGUCUUUUGCACUAUUUAUGUUUAUAAAAUACCAUUUUUUUGCGUCUUGCCACAAAACCAAUUUCAAGACAUACGUCGGCGGGAUAAACGGGAUUCUGAUGAUUUCAUGAACUUGUAUCAGCUGUCACUUCUCCACUUUUUUCGCUCGUCUCCCCCCACUCAAGCCCCCAGUUCCCCUUCCAAACGACCUCUGCAUUUGUGAGGCCAGCCCGCGUUCAAGGCUGUGACUACCCAGCAGCUCACAGCCCGAAACCAAAGCCGCCUUGCUGCGGGUUGUAUCCGCCUCUGGGGCCGCCGGCGAUUAGUUCAGCCUCGCCUCUCUCCCCUCCUCCUCACCAUUGCAACAUGGUCGUCCCAUCUGACUUGGGGAUUUUGGCCACCGCCUGGCUAUUUUUCGCGGCGAUUUUUCUGAUCUGUGUUGUUUUUCCCGAUCUAUGUUCCGGUUCGGCUAUCUGGCGCGUUGUACUUAAAGACGCCAUGUGUUACGGUAAAAGCAAACAGUAUUUCUUCCAGCGACCGCCCUGGCUUCAGCGCCAAGAUCUCCCGAAGAGGUGGUUUUCUCAUUUCUAUGUGGUUUCAGUGAUGUGGAAUAGUUUUCUACUUAUAAUUACUUGUCAAAAUCUGUUUUUUGGUCAACCUUUCCCAUUAUGGCUUCAAAGACUGCUUAGUUUUCUUUCUGGAAGUGUCCACUUAAAACCUGGUAAUGAAUUGUCCGUCCUUCUGGUUCAAAUAAUGUUGUUUGUGCAAGGUGCUCGACGCCUCAUAGAGUGCACCGUUGUCUCUGUGUUUUCACAUGGUAGCAUUCAUCCAGUACAGUAUUGUUGGGGUCUGGUUUAUUACAUCCUUGUGGGUUUAACAGUGCAUUGUGAAGGACUCCAUCCUGGAUCAAAAGUAUUCACCAUGCAUGAUCUGAUCGCACAAGGACAGUGGUACCAUAUAACUGGAAUAGCGCUGUUUUUGUGGGCAACAAUUCAUCACCACAAGAGUCAUUUGAUCCUUGCAAACUUGAGGAAAAACAAAUCAGGUGAAGUGAUCAACUACAGGCAUAGCAUCCCAUAUGGUGACUGGUUUGAAUUUGUUUCUUGUCCACACUAUUUUGCUGAACUGCUGAUCUACCUUGCUUUAAGUGUAACCUUUAAAGGACAGCACCUUACAUGGUGGUUUUUAGUCUUGUAUGUAUUAUGCAGCCAUGCAUUGAUGGCAACUCAAUCCCAUGAAUUCUAUGUCAAAAAAUUUGACAAUUAUCCCAAAACACGAAAAGCUUUAAUACCUUACAUUUUUUAAAUUUUCAUAAAAUACAGAAUAUUUUUUAUACUCAGUGUCGUGAGUUUUUAAAAAAUUAUAGCUAAUCCUAUAAAAUUCACUGAAGUUAUCUUCAAUGUGUAUUAUAUAGGUUCAGUACCCCUUAUCCAAAAUGAUUGGGACCAGAAGUGUUUUGGAUUUUGGAUUUUUUCAUAUGUUUGAAUAUAUAAUAAGAUAGCUUGGGAUAGUCAUAAUUUCUGACUCUGAAUUUAUGUGCUACAUUAAGCUACUUUUGUCUUACACUUAUUUAAUGCUUGAGGUUCUGUGAAUAAAAAAAAUGUGUAACAGGC